GGCCCCCUUCUGCUCCUGUGAACCUGAUCUCCAGUGUAAAUGGCACUUCGGUGACACUGGAGUGGGGCCCGCCCCUGGACAAGGGGGGACGCGCUGACAUCGUGUACAACGUGGUCUGCAGGCGCUGCGCGGGGGACGCUGGCCAGUGCGAGGCGUGCGGCAGCGGGAUCCGCUUCGUGCCCCAGCAGAUGAGCCUGGUGCAGGGAGCGCUGACGGUGACCAACCUCCUGGCCCACACCAACUACUCCUUUUGGGUGGAGGCCGUCAACGGCGUGUCCGACCUCAGCCUGGAGUCCAGGAGAGCUGCAGUUGCCAACAUCACGACGAACCAGGCAGCCCCGUCCCAGGUGGUGGUGGUCCGCCAGGAGAGCACGGGCCAGAACAGCGUCACCUUGCUGUGGCAAGAGCCAGACCAGCCCAACGGCAUCAUCCUGGAGUACGAGAUCAAGUACUACGAGAAGGACAAGGAAAUGCAGAGCUAUUCAACUCUGAAAUCCAAGGGCACCACUGCCACCAUCUCUGGGCUCAAGCCUGCAACCCGCUACAUUUUCCAGGUUCGGGCUCGGACUUCUGCUGGCUGCGGGAGGUUCAGUCAGACCGUAGAAGUGGAAACGGGGAAGCCAGUCUCUCUCCGGUACGACACGAUGACGAUUGUCUGGAUCUGCCUGACACUCAUCACUGGCCUCGUCGCGUUGCUGGUGGUCCUAAUCUGCAAGAAGAGGCACUGCGGGUACAGCAAAGCUUUCCAGGACUCCGACGAGGAGAAGAUGCAUUAUCAGAACGGGCAAGCAGGGCUGCCUGAAAGAGCUUAUCUCCUCCCUCCCCUUUGAAACCUGGCAGUGAAGUUCCCCGAGUCAAAGUUCUACGUGGACCCACACGCGUAUGAGGACCCCUGCCAAGCCGUGCACGAGUUCACCCGUGAAAUCGAGGCCUCCCGGAUCAAGAUCGAGAAGGUCAUCGGGUCCGGGGAGUCCGGAGAGGUGUGCUACGGCCGCCUGAAGCUGCCAGGGAAGAGGGAGAUUCCCGUGGCCAUCAAGGCACUGAAAGCAGGCUACACGGAGAAGCAGAGACGGGACUUCCUGAGCGAAGCCAGCAUCAUGGCACAGUUUGACCACCCCAACGUCAUCCACCUGGAGGGGGUGGUGACCAGGAGCAAAUUGGUAAUGAUUGUUACUGAAUACAUGGAGAACGGCUCGCUAGACACCUUCCUCAGGAAACAUGACGGGCAGUUCACCAUCAUCCAGCUGGUGGGCAUGUUGCGCGGCAUCGGAGCGGGCAUGAGGUACUUGUCUGACCUGGGCUACGUGCACCGGGACCUGGCUGCCCGCAACAUCCUGGUGAACAGCAACCUGGUCUGCAAAGUGUCUGAUUUUGGUCUCUCACGCAUCCUGGAGGAUGACCCUGAUGCUGCGUACACCACCACGGGGGGGAAAAUCCCUAUUCGCUGGACGGCUCCGGAGGCCAUCGCAUACCGCAAGUUCUCCUCGGCCAGUGAUGUGUGGAGCUACGGCAUCGUCAUGUGGGAGGUGCUGGCCUACGGCGAGCGCCCGUACUGGAACAUGACCAACCGGGACGUCAUUAACUCAGUGGAGGAAGGCUACCGCCUGCCUGCCCCCAUGGGCUGCCCCACAGCCCUGCACCAGCUCAUGCUGGAUUGCUGGCAGAAGGACCGCAGCGAGAGGCCGCGCUUCUCCCAGAUUGUCGGCAUCCUGGACAAGCUCAUCCGCAACCCUGACAACUUGAAGUGCACAGCCACCGUGAACCGGUUCACCCAAACACCCUUCGACAGGGGUCUCCUCGACCUGGCCAGCUGUCUGACGGUGGAGGACUGGCUGGACUCCAUCCGGCUGGGGCACUACCGGGACAACUUUGCCAUGGCAGGGUACUCCUCCCUGGGCAUGGUGAUGCGCAUGAACAUCGAGGACAUUCGGAGUUUGGGCAUCACCAUGAUGGGCCACCAGAAGAAGAUCUUGAGCAGCAUCCAGGCCAUGAGGUCCCAGCUGCUGAACAAAAAUGGCCCUAGGAGGCAUCUCUGA